CUUAAUUUGUUUUGAAUGUGCUAAAAGCUUAUUUGAAUGUAUAUUUUUUUAAUUAUGAAUUCUAAUGGUUUUGAAAAUGUCAAAACUACGACACUUGUUUAAUAUAUCAUACUGCCGUUAUUAUAGUAUUCAGCAAGCUAAAAAGAAGUUGCCUAUAAUAUCGUGCAAACGACCUGAAUAUAAUCAUUAUGAGGGCCAAACUUAUAGUAAAUUCGAUGGCAUUAAAUUAGCGUCCAAAGGAUGGUUGAGUGCUAAAUCAAAAAAUGAUCACUUCACUAUCUAUUAUGAUGCAAAUAAAAAGGAAGAAAAAGAGGUAUACAGAAAGAGUUUCGAGGAAAUUGGCGUUUGUAAUAUGUUAAGUGAGAUUAUGGUCGCUCAAGGAUUUGAAUUACCAACUUUAAUACAGACAAAAGCCAUUCCAUCUAUUCUUGAAGGAUAUAAUUCAGUGAUAACAGCCGAGACUGGUUGUGGCAAGACAUUGGCUUACUUGUUGCCAAUUUUCCAGCAUAUUUUGGAAUGGAAACCUCACAUGAAGGAGGAGUUCAACAGUCCUUUGGCUGUUGUCAUAACUCCCAGCAGAGAACUAGCAAGUCAAAUAGGCCAAGUUGCGGAGAGUUUAGCACAGGGCAUCAACAUUAAUGUCUCAACUUUAAUCGGAGGAAGGACUAAGCAGAAAAUACUGAACCCUCCAAUUGAGUACUCUGACAUUCUUAUCACAACUCUCGGAGCAUAUAGCAAGUUGGUGACAACUGGCAUUUUAAAGGUGCACAAUGUACAUCAUCUGGUGCUUGAUGAAGCUGAUACGUUACUUGAUGAUACUUUUAUUGGGAAAGUAGAGAAUUUAUUGAAGAAGUUUGGGAUCCAUUACAAAGUUCAAGUGCAAGUUCCCCCAGUGGGUUGUCAGUUGACCCUGGUGAGUGCAACCAUGCCCCAUGAGCUGCCGGAAGCUGUCAAAUCCUUUGUAGAUCCUCAGUCCUUGAGGACAAUAUCAACAACUAAUAUACACAAGUUACUACCACAUGUGCCACAAAAGUUCAUUCGUCUUGGUAAAGCACAAAAACCUGUGGAAUUGCUGAAACUAGUUCAAGCAGAUGUCAACCAAAAGAGACCUGUGAUGAUUUUUUCCAAUAAGACAUCAACAUGUGACUUUGUCUCCAUGUUUUUAAACGAAAAUAAUAUUCAAUGUGUCAACAUUAAUGGGCAAAUGGCUGUUCCGCUAAAGCAAGGAAAGUUUGAGUUAUACAAUAAUGGAUCUGUUAAUGUUCUGUCUUGUACAGAUAUUGCUUCACGUGGAUUAGAUACAACACGGACCCGACACAUAAUUAACUAUGAUUUUCCUAUGUACAUUGCUGAUUAUAUUCACCGUUGUGGACGGACGGGACGCAUUGGGUCCGCAAAUGAUUGCGCAGUCACCAACUUUGUUGCUUGGCCUAGGGAGAUAAAUAUUGUUCAAAAAAUAGAAACCUCUGUCAGGAAGGGUAAUGAACUGCCCAAUGUCAAUGCUAACAUACGGAGGCAGAUUGAAGAUAGAAUUGCUAGGAUGACAGGAGUCGGAAUUUAACACAUCCAAUGCCAUAAUUUUUUUGUAAGAAAUCGAAUUUCAGGCAGCGGCACUUCAUGUGUUAA